AUAGAAUCUAAGGGCUUAUUGUCGUUGGAUGUUGCAACUAGAUAGAACUCCACAUACUUGAUGUUGACUGCUCAAAAGUUUGAGAGCUUUUGAGAGAUUUGAUGAGGAAAAGCCAUGUUUUAUGCUUGAUCUUGGUACAAAUAGUUGGAAUAAUGACCUGCAACAAGUUAUUACUAUUGAUGGGAGACCCAAGCCAGAGGAUUGGACAAGGGUCAGAAUGUUUGUUAGAGUGUUGCAACAAUUUUAUGAGCUUACUUUGCGGGUUUCGAGUACUUCAUAUGUCACCUCCAACACUUUUUUCCAUGAGAUUAGUACUGUUCAUUGUCUCUUACAUGAGCAGCAGGAGGGUGACGAUCUUGAGUUGAGUGAGAUGGUUGGAAAAAUGAAAGAAAAGUUUGAUAAAUAUUGGGGGGAUCCGGAAAAAAUAAAUCACCUACUUUACAUUGCUGUGGUACUUAAUCCUAGGCACAAGUUAGAGUUUAUGGAAUAUGCACUUCAGGAGAUGUAUCCAGGUGAGAAAGGGGUUGGUGCAGUUUUGUCCUUAAAAAAUGCCGCAUAUGCUUUGUAUGAAGAAUAUAAGAAAAAAUUGGCACCUCAAGGUGAAGUAGGAGAGCGGUCUCAAGUGUCUACUCCACCUGUUGUGGAGAAUGUCGAGAAGGGAAAAUCUGUCAGACCAAAUUUGCUUAGUUCUCGUUUUAAGAAGUAUAAGUAUGCCAGUGGUAGUGGGUCUACAACUAUGCCUUCAGAAUGGGAUAAGUAUUUAAGUGAAGUGUGUGAGGAAGAAACUGAUGACUUUGACAUUUUGAAUUGGUGGAAAGUUAAUUGUCAUCGGUUUCCUAUUCUAUUUUCUAUGGCUCGGGAUGUGUUGGCAAUUCCAGUUUCUACUGUUGCGUCCGAGUCUGCUUUCAGCACAGGAGGUCGAGUACUUGAUCCAUUUAGGAGUUCUCUUUCUCCUAAAGUAGUUGAAAGUUUGAUUUGUACGCAAGAUUAGCUUCGGUCAUCUACCACCCCAAUGAGUGUUGAAGAAGAUUUGGAUCAUGUUGAACAACUUGAAGAAGGUAAACUCAUUGUUAUUCUUUUUUUUUUUUUAAAUUUUAGUUCAAUACUUGUUCCUUUUAAAUUAUUUAAUUAAUUUUGUGUAUUGUUUUAAAAUUGGCAAAGGUUAUUGUUGAUAGCCCCGCACCUAUGGAAAUUUAGAUUUUGAAGACUCUUGCAUUUGUAAGUAAGAGAAUUUGAACCUCUAAGUAUUUCAAUAUCUAUUGGUUAUUUGGUUUGCUUUGGUUGACUAUGUUGUUCGGUUUUUUUUUUUAAUUGCCAGCACUC